UUUUCGCGGGCUAACCGCGAACUCGAAUGCGCACGAAUGUGCGUGCGCGCGCACACACGCACACAUAUUAUAUGUAUUAAAUACGAAAACAGUGUGUUGAUAAUUAUUGAAGUUUGAACGUCGUCGCGCCGUCGCCACAGUGAUUAACGUGCUGUGCGAUGGAACGCGCGGACGACGAAACCUUCAGCGCGAGUCGUCAUUGCAGUUAUAAUAAUAAUAUGCGACGGGCGGCAGAGGAGCAGACGUCCACAGGCCAAGGAUUUUAUAGAUUUUAUGGAUGUUAUGUGUUGUAUAUAUAUAUAUGUACAUAAUAAUACUAUAGAGUAUACAUUCAUUAAAUAUACGUCUUCCGCAUUUAAGCCCGCCGCGAAACAAUCACGGUUUUACAGUAAGACCGCAACAUACAUACCGAUGGCGGCCAGCACGCUGAGCCUGAUGACGCAGUCGAUCGACCGGUACUCGUCCAUCAAACACCCGCGGCACAACAGGUUGCACCGGGACAAGCACCCCGCGUACCUCGUGUCCGGCGUGGUGGCCGCGUGGACGGUGGCCGUGGUCGUGUCGGUGCCGCGGUACGCGUGGCCGGUCCACCGGCUGAUGGCGGACAUGCGGUGGACGCGGUACUACGAGACGUGUUACGUGGCCGUCGUGUUCGCCGUGCCGUGGGCCGCCGUGGCGUUCAGCCAGCGGGCCGUCAGCAGGACGCUGUACAUCACGUCGCUGAAGGCGGCCGCGGCCCGCGGACAGUUGCCGUUGCCCAUGCCCAUCAUGACCGCCGAGUGCAAGCAAGUGAUCCUGGUGGCGUCCAUACAGAAGAACACGACUGUCCAGUCCAAGGUGGCCAAUGACGUCGCGGUACAACAACAACCGCAGCAACAGCCGCACUCGUCCCAUCAGCAGACGCAACACGAACAGCAACAGCUACAAGCACAACAGCAACAGCAACAGAAACAAAAACAGCGUCCCACGCCGAGCGCUCGGAGCCGGAAACGGUUGGCCAAAGUGUUGGUAGCGCUGGCCGGGGUGUUCGUCGUCUGUUGGUUACCGUACGCCGCCGCGUUACUCUACACCAAUUGGUUUUAUUCGUCGCCGCAAGACGGUAACGAAGACGACGGCGGCGGCGGUAAGGGCAGACCCGCAAUCCACCGGUUGGCCACCGUGGCCGCUAUGCUGCUGGGCCAUGCCCAUUCGGCCGUCAACCCCGUGGCGUACUGGUGGCUGAACCGGCACACGUUGCGCGCCUGUCCGUGGUGCUGUUCGUCCGGCGAUCAGUUCGACGACGACGACGACGACGAGGACGACGGCGCCGGAUUCGGGUGCGGACCGUUGGGCUGCAUCGUCAACGGGGCCGCGAUGGCGUUCGGUUGCGGCCGGGGCGACGGCAGUUGCGGCGGCGGCGGUGCUGUGGACUGCGCCGGCGGCACCGGUUGCAGGCAGUCGCAAAACCACACGCCCACCAGGCUCAACCGGUUGCUGUUCCACCGGCAGCCCAACAACCACCAGCGCAGCCGCCAGCCGUCGUCCACCAACGAGGCGGCCCUGGGACCGUUCAACCCGCGGUUCGCCACGCCGAAGAAGCGACCGCAACAGUUGCCCGUCGUCAAGAACCCCGUCAUGCUGUAUUACGCUUGAACGGUGCGUCACACGACCCCCAGUCCACCCGCAUCACCACCCACAUCGCGAUGUGUCCGCGGUUAAGAAAAAGUCAGCCGGUACGACCUGGGGAGGUCGGACUCGGAGACUCGGAGGACCGUGCGAACUCGUUCGGAUUCGGGUGUUGUGUAGUAAACGGUGUUAACGGGACGGCUACGACUAUAUUAUAGAGUGGAAAGGGGCUCCACGAAUUCGGCCGCCCAAAGUGAAAAUUUUUUCCUCCAAAUUUUUGUCAAUAAUUCGUCGAGAUUUUUGAACUUUGACCGUGCCAAAUUAUCAUACGCAAUUUUAAAGUACGGCCGACUUCUUUUUGGAGAUAAUUAGAGGAGGGGACGACUUACAAAUUUUUAAUUCGUACUUAUACAAAUACUCACAAAUUGCACAUGACGAUUUGGCACGGUCAAAAACUUUGAAAUUAUGAAACGGCUAAGUUCCGCGAAAGUUAGCCAUGAUUUAAACUUUUGUGGAUAAUUGAAAACGGCUAAAAUUACAAUUUUUUUUUGAAUUUGUGCUUAAAUGAAAUUACAAAUAACUUACGAAUUAUUGACAAAAUUUUGAGAAAAAAUUUUCACUUUGAGCGGCCAACUUCAUGGAGCUGUGGAAUGGGUGUAUUUUUUGUUCGUUGGUUUUUAGACAUAAUAAUAUGAGCAUACCGAUAACACUGUGUCGAGCAAGACGAAAUGUUCUAUCGUCUACGUCCUUUGUAAGUAUGUCGCGAAUACUGAUCGGUAUGUGUAUGCUAAAACGACGCGUUUAUGGGGGUGAGUGUGUUUUUUUUUUUACAUUGCUGUCGUCUUGAAAAUACGUUUCUACUUCAUCAUUUCGACGUGUCGCGAUUCACGUCUUAACCACUAGUUUAUCGUAGACUUGUUAGCGAGGUGAUAUAAUUGCAUUUUCUGUUAUUAAUAAUGCAAAUUUUAAAUGUGUUUUAAUCGAUAUUAAUUAUUCGUUAUUUGUGUAUUCGUGUUGACUAUUUUCAAACUAUAUAUAUAUAUAUGCUAUGAUAUGCUAUGAUAUGAUAUUUGUGUAUUAUAUUGUGAUUUGUUGUUUUACAAAGUGCAAAACACUUCGAUCGAUGUGUAUCUUUACGUCCAUUUUAAAUAUUUUUAUUGUGUAUAUUAAUAUUCAUGCAUUACAGAUUAAACGAUAAUCAUUCUAUAAUCAUUAAAAACUCGUUGUGUGACGAUUAUAGUGGAUUUGCAGCAAACGAAUUUAUAUUGUGCACGGAGUUGUUAAAUAAGAAUUUAAAUAACGCGUAUAGCUUAGAGUAUAGUAUAAUAUUAAUCAAACCGUUAUCGACAAAACGUUUUUUUGUUCCUCGUCUCAUAAUAUUCAUCUUUCGGUCGACGGUAUUAAUUAUCGCUUCGAUAACUAUAUCCGUUGGAUAAUAGGUGGUACGUUAAUUCAUCAAAUAAUCGAAUCGUUUGUACCCUUCGCCGUGAAAAUCAAUACAUCGCAUGCAUAACAAUUCACGAUUUUCAUCGCCAUUAUUAUCUGUCAACAUUUUAUAAUAAUACGUUUGAAAACAAAUUAUGCAGCUCUACGAGAUUUCCAAUAUUAUACGGUUGUCGUGGACGGUAAAAAAAAAAUCGACGUUUUUGGACUAUAUAAUAUAACGAAUGCGAUGGACUUAAACGGAUAGCCGAGCUACUCGGUUUACAUUAAAAUGCAGCGUUAUACGUGAAACAAACGUCAAUAUAUAUUUUUAAACGCGUACGGAGCACGGGAAUAUACUUUGUCAAUAUACCUAGCUACAUCCGUGUGCUUUACCACAUCCGCAACGACUUUAUCUGAGCACUAUAAUAAUAUAUUAUACGAUGGAUAGCCGACAGAUAUAAAUAAAACAUUUCCGUUCAAGCGAUUCUUCUUGGUUGCCGGAAAUAAAAUUAUCGACGUAAAAACACGACGAAUAUAUUAUUCGUACAUCGAAAACGCAAAAUCCUAACUAUCGUAUAUACUGCAUAUUAUAGUACAAAUUAAAUUGCCAUCUAUGACAGCAGUAGUAUUAAAUUUAUAGGCCAACAGGUCACAUAAUCGUUCCUUCUCGCGUACCUAUUCAUAAUUAUUAUCAUAAUAUAUUAUAUACCCAACGUAUUAAGGUACUAUUUAUAUUAUUUACUUUCCAUUAUUAAUCCGUAUACCACCUACAACACACCUUCACUACACUACAGGGUCCAAUUAUUAUUAUUAUUAUUAUUAUUAUUAUUACAUAAUAUAUUUUCGCGUUACUAUAUUUUAUUGUUCUAUACACUCGAAUAUUUCUGUGAUAUAUUAAAUUGUAUCAUUCGGUACUCGGUACAAUCAUUCAUCGCACUGACAAAAACAAAAUAAUACAUUUCUAUAAUAAAAAUGCUCGUUAAAGUAAUAUCGUUUAUGAUUUUCUUCUUUUUUUUAAUUUUUUUUUGGACGUUUAUUAAUACUAUCAUCCGUGACCCACGACCACGGUACCAAUGGUUUUUACCCGAAGUCUGUUAUUGUAGGUACCUAAUUUUUCACCGUGGCAUUAUAUAUAUAUUUAUAAUAUAAUAACACGACGCAAUAAGAUACCCAAUCGACAAUUCUUCGUCAUAUUAUAUUUCACUCAUAAAUCUCGUAUAUGCAUUGAUAACUCUGAACAUUUCACGCAUUAUACAUAGGUACUACGUAUCGUACGUGAUAUUAUAAGAUAAUAUUAUUAGUAUAUUAUAUAUGUAUCGUGUAUAUAAGUAUAUAAUAAUUGCGUCAUUGUUACGUCUAUUUUGUGAUUUUUGUUUCAAUCUUCCUCGUUCUUUUUAAUAAUUUAUUUAAUAUUACAUUAUUGUAUCGCUGUACGAUGUAUUUUAUAUAAAUAUUACAUUAUGUAUGAUAAUAAUAACUAUUAAAAAUAUAUUAUAUUAUAUGUGUACUGAAA